GGACCCUGAGACCUUGGUUUGAGUACCACGCACGCGCGGGCCUCUUUCUGAGGCUGCGCCGGGGAGAGAGAGAACUCCGGGUGGAGGAGGCCCAGAGCUUCUCCACGCAGGCUGCCCUGGUGCCUUCGGGGGAAGAAUCCCACACCCUUACACAGGGGUUUUAGGAUCUCCCCCUACGUGGGAUGUCCUGGGAACAAGUGGCCAAGGUACUAAACAGACCCGAGCCCUGAAACGAGGAGAUGCGGCUAAAAGGCAAGCAGAACUGGAAGCUGCUAUACAAAGGAAGGUGGAGUUUGAAAGGAAAGCUGUGCGCAUCGUAGAGCAGCUCUUAGAGGAGAACAUCACAGAAGAAUUCCUGAAGGAGUGUGGGAUGUUCAUCACACCGGCUCACUACAGCGACGUUGUGGAUGAGCGGUCCAUCAUCAAACUCUGUGGCUAUCCUUUAUGUCAGAAGAAGCUAGGGGUUAUCCCGAAACAGAAAUAUCGAAUUUCUACUAAAACCAAUAAAGUCUAUGAUAUUACUGAAAGGAAGUCUUUCUGCAGCAAUUUUUGUUACAGAGCAUCUAAAUUUUUUGAAACACAGAUUCCCAAAACUCCAGUAUGGGUUCGAGAGGAAGAGAGGCCUCCUGACUUUCAGCUGCUGAAGAAAGGACAAAGCGGCAGUUCUGGAGAAGUAGUACAGUUCUUCAGAGAUGCCGUGACAGCAGCAGAUGUUGACGGUUCCGGCGCCUUGGACGCGCAGUGUGACCCUGCUUCUUCCAGCUCUUGGAGCGAGCGGACCAGUGAUGAGGAGGAGCAAGGCUUUGUUUCUUCUCUUCUACCAGGAAACAGACCAAAGGCAGUGGAUACAAGACUGCAGCCGCACACAAAAAGCAGCAAAAUGAGAAAGAAGGGUGCUCAGAAAGUGGACUCCAAGGAGGGAGAACAGACCGUGUCAGAGGUUACCGAGCAGCUGGAUAAUUGCAGAUUAGAUAGUCAGGAGAAAGUGGCCACUUGUAAACUUCCUUUAAAGAAAGGAAGUACUCAGAUGUCACCUGGCCCUGUGUGUGACAGACUUAACACUUCAGCCGUUUCUGAACAUAAACACGGUGUGUCGCAAGUUACGCUUGUAGGCAUAAGCAGGAAGAGUGCUGAGCAUUUCAGGAACAAAUUUGCCAAGUCAAAUCCAGGGUCUGGGUCAGCCUCUGGUUUGGUACAGGUGCGUCCUGAGGUUGCGAAGGCAAACUUACUCCGAGUUCUGUCGGACACUCUGACUGAAUGGAAGACAGAAGAAACACUGAAGUUUUUAUAUGGCCAGGACCACGAUUCUGUGUGCCUGAAACCCUCUUCAGCCUCUGAGCCUGAUGAAGAACUUGAUGAAGAUGACAUAAGUUGUGACCCAGGUAGUUGUGGUCCUGCCCUGAGUCAAGCUCAGAACACCCUAGAUGCAACACUGCCCUUUAGAGGCUCAGACACAGCCAUUAAGCCACUGCCAAGUUAUGAGAGCUUGAAAAAGGAAACGGAGAUGCUGAACCUGAGGGUCAGGGAGUUCUACAGAGGGCGCUGUGUUUUAAAUGAAGACACUACCAAGUCUCAGGACUCGAAAGAGAAUGUGCUUCAGCGUGAUCCCAGCUUCCCACUGAUAGAUUCAAGUUCCCAGAACCAGAUUAGAAGACGGAUUGUUCUUGAAAAACUGAGCAAAGUAUUGCCUGGACUUUUGGGUCCUCUUCAGAUUACAAUGGGAGAUAUUUACACUGAACUUAAAAACCUCAUUCAGACUUUCAGAUUAUCAAAUAGAAACAUUAUACACAAACCUGUGGAAUGGACUUUAAUUGCUGUGGUCUUGCUGUUACUAUUGACACCGAUUCUUGGCAUUCAGAAGCAUUCUCCGAAAAAUGUGGUUUUUACACAGUUUAUAGCCACCCUGCUGACAGAAUUGCAUUUAAAAUGUGAAGAUCUUGAAAAAUUAACCAUGAUAUUUAGAACCAGCUGCUAGCUAACAAGAAUGAUGUAACUGAGGAAGACAGAAGAGGAAUGCUCCUCACCAGACCUGGUGUUUUCGCCAGUGAGAGUCCAUGGGUGACUGAUGACUAAGUGUGUAACUUCCUCAGACAUAGAAAAGCCAUUACCCCAGCAAGAAGGAAACUCUUACAUCCAGAACCUCAAAACACAGGAUUUGAGGGAAAAAUGAAGUCUUAAACUGAAAUUUGAAUGAAUAUUGGAGAAAAUGUAAUUACCUUUAUUCUUUUUGAUUGGUUACCACCAACACAACCAAAACUUAAGAAAAUGGUAAUUGUGGCCUAUUGUAAACUCUAUCAUACAAAUAACAGCAAAGUUGGGUCAAUAAAUGUGAUCUUCAGUGAAGUCA